AUGAGUUGUGAUCAAGACGAACAUCUAUUUGAUCUCAACGACAACAACACGCUUCUCUUCCUCAGCACGCUACACGACUUUAAAAAGUAUGUUAUCAUAGCCAUUAGCUGAAUAAUGUUUACCGUAUUGUUCGUUUUUUAUUCUAAUUUAAAAAUAUUUAUUUUUUUUUGUAAAAUACGUCUUUUAAUAAACUUAAAUUUUUCUAAAAUUUCAAAUUUUUAAAACAAAAAUUGAAUUUUUUACUUUCAGUUACUACAGUUCAAUACACAAAUAUGUGGCCUUGUUGCUCUGCCUAGGAGGGUUGAUUAUCAACUGUAUUCACAUCAGUAUAUUAACAUUGCCUCGAAUGAGGAACUCUUCUGUUCAUACGACUUUAACUUGUAUUGCCUUGGCUGAUCUUGGCACUAUGACUAGUUAUUUGGUAAGUUACUUUAUCUUUUUUGAAUUUUUUAAAUUAUUUAAAAUUAUAAAAAAUAUUUUCUUUACGGUAUUUUUGGCUCGUUUUAUUUAGGUAUUUUUUUAUGUAAUUAUGAAUAUACUACAUUUAUUAUUAAUAGAUAUUAUACUUUAAAGUUUUAAUAUUUUAGGUAUAAAAUUAAUAUUUCCAGAUCUACAUAACCAGAUUCGAGUUCUUCGUAUCACUCCAAGGUUACGCCUAUGCCUGGGCAUUGUUCCUCCAAGUCCAUGCUGUGCUCUCGAUAGCCUUACAUGCCUUAUCCAUCUACUUGGUCACCUUAAUGGCCUUCCUACGGCUUAUGGCCAUGAGUGCAGGCCAGUCCAUGUGGAUGAAGCCUCGACUAGCUCUAACAGCGUCUUUCUUUGUCACUGUCAGUGUGUUCACGAUCUGUAUACCGACCUUCUUGGCUCAUGAAGUGAUGCCUAACGAAUUUGACAUGUAUAAUGUCGGGUUCUCGUCGAUGUUCAUGAAGAAUGGAUGUAACUUGUUGAAACUGAACCUAUGGUUAACUGGGAUCUUUCUGAAGGCCGUGCCGUGCUUCCUUCUGAUGUGCUUCACGAUGGCGUUGUUGCGACGCCUAAGGGCAAAUGACAAGAAACGUCAAUUGCUUUUCCACGGCGAAUCUCGACGAUCGAAUUCCGACCGAGUUACUUACAUGUUGUUGUUAAUGGUCUUUGUGUUUCUGGUUACGGAAUUGCCUCAGGGCAUGUUUGCCAUACUUAAUGGUACGAGUUUAAAACGAUUUUGACUCUAAUAUACUUAAGAGUAAUUAAAAUUCGGGAAAUUCAAAUUUGAAGGCAUUAUGCCAAUUUUAAAAACAUUUUUAAAAUUAAAUAUGAAUUUAUGCAUGACGUAUUUUACUUUUAAAAACCAAUUUUAAACUCUUACAUUUCAGCUAUGUUCACUUAUCAGUUUCAUCGCUACGUCUACGUGGCCGUGGCGGAUGUCCUGGACCUACUAUCACUUAUAAACUGCUACGUUUGUUUCUCAAUCUACACUGCAACCUCAUCAACCUACCGCCAAACCCUACUCAGUCUUUUACCGUGGCGAAAAUAA